CCACCAACACCGCCAACACCACCAACACCACCACCAACACCACCAUCACCGCCAUCACCACCACAGCCACCACCACCACCGCCACCACCAACACCACCACCAACACCACCACCUCCAACACCACCAACAACACCACCAAGACCACCAACACCGCCACCACCACCAACACCACCAACACCACUACCAACACCGCCACCACCAACGCCACCACCACCAACACCGCCACCACCAACACCACCACCACCACCACCAACACCACCGCCACCAUUACCACCACCAACAACACCACCGCCACCACCACCACCAACACCACCACCACCACAAACACCACCAACACCACCACCAACACCACCACCAACACCACCAACACCACCACCACCAACACCACCACCAACACCACCGCCACCACCAACACCACCACCACCAACACCACCACCUCCAACACCACCAACACCGCCACCACCAACACCGCCACCACCAACACCACCAACACCACCACCACCAACACCGCUACCACCAACACCAACACCAUCACAACCAACACCGCCACCACCAACACCACCACCGCCACCAACACCACCAACACCACCACGAACACCACCAACACCACCGCCACCAACACCACCACCACCAACACCACCACCACCAACACCACCAAAACCACCGCCACCACCACCAACACCACCACCACCAACACCACCAACACCAACACCACCAACACCACCACCACCAACACCACCACCACCAACACUGCCACCACCACCAACACCACCACUACCAACACCACCAACAUCACCACCACCGCCACCACCAACACCACCAACACCACCACCUCCAACACCACCAACACCGCCACCACCAACAACGCCACCACCAACACAAACACCACCACCAACACCUCCAACACCGCCACCACCAACACCAACACCACCACCGCCACCAACACCACCAACACCACCACCACCGCCACCACCGCCACCAACACCACCACCAACACCACCGCCACCACCACCACCGCCACCAACACCACCAACAUUGCCACCAACACCACCACCAACACCACCACCGCCACCACCAACACCAACACCACCACCAACACCACCAACACCACCACCAACACCACCAACACCACCACCGCCAACACCACCGCCAACACCACCACCGCCACCACCAACACCACCGCCACCACCACCAACACCACCGCCAACACCACCACCAACACCACCACCACCGCCACCAACACCACCAACACCACCGCCACCACCACCACCAACACCACCACCACCAACACCACCAACACCACCAAUACCACCACCAAUACCACCACCAACACCACCAACACCACCGCCACCACCGCCACCAACACCACCACCAACACCACCACCACCAACAUUGCCACCAACACCACCAACACCAACACCGCCACCACCACCACCACCAACACCACCACCAACACCACCAACACCACCACCAACACCACCAACACCACCACCGCCAACACCACCACCAACACCACCAUCAACACCACCAACACCACCAACACCACCACCGCCAACACCACCACCAACACCACCAACACCACCACCACCAACACCA